AUGGAGCGGAACUUAGCUGGUGCCCCUAUUUCUAAGGGCAGCACAUCUUAUCAAACAUCGCCGACACACUCAUUUAUGUUUCCCGACUCAGAACGGACAACAAUACAAUACCCCUUAGAUGAGAAGAGACCAGAUGGGUCCGAGGAAGAGCGGCCCGGGACGCAACUCAGCUCAUCUGCAAACUCGAUUAUCGCGAUGAAGGAGGGCCGGGGUAAAGACGUCGAGCAUGGCAACAACGAGCAUGGAGAACACCACAUCGAUGUCAACGAUCCGAACCGACCGAAACUUGGAAUCCGCCAAAGGAUGCACCACUUCACCUGGGCGUGGUUCACAUUACCCAUGAGCACGGGUGGAUUAUCACUUUUGAUAUUUGCUCAACCUCAUCAGUUUCCGGGUCUUCGACAAAUCGGGUUAUUCGUUUAUAUCGUCAACAUUAUUAUCUUCACCUCGUUAGUAUUUGCUAUGCUUACACGGUUUUUCCUUCACCAAGGCGACUUCUGCAAAUCUCUAUCGCAUCCUCGUGAAGGAUUCUUCUUCCCGACUUUCUUCUUGUCCAUCGCUACUCUGAUCACUAGCACCCAGCGAUACGCCAUACCCGACGGCGAUGUGGCGCUAAAAUGGUUCAUUCAAGCUGUCUUCUGGGGCUAUGUUGUUAUUACACUUAUUCUGGCAGUCGGACAGUACAGCUUCGUCUUUGCGACACAUAACUUCGGGUUGCAGACGAUGAUGCCAACUUGGAUUCUGCCGAUCUUCCCCAUCAUGCUUUCGGGAACUAUCGCUUCAGUCAUCGCCGAUACGCAACCGGAUAUCACAGCGAUACCGAUAGUGACCGCUGGAAUGACCUGCCAAGGUCUAGGAUUAUCUGUCGCUGUUAUGAUGUAUGCUCACAUGGUUGGACGUCUAAUGUCAGCCGGUCUUCCGAAUCGCGAACACCGACCCGGGCUUUUCAUGAACGUGGGACCACCAGCUUUCACGGCGCUUGCUUUCAUUGGAAUGGCGAACGGCAUGCCCGACACGUUCGAUCGAGAGAUGGAUGGGUUCAUCGACGUCUUCAUGAUCAGGACUUUCGCAAUCAUCGGUGCCGUCUUCCUGUGGGCGUUGUCUCUUUGGUGGUUCGGCAUUGCUCUGGUCGCAACGAUUAGCUCGCCCCCCAAGUACUUUCACCUGGGCUGGUGGGCGAUGGUCUUCCCAAACACCGGUUUUAUCCUGGCAACAAUAUCGAUAUCCAACGAGCUCAAUAGCGAGGUGGCCAAAUGGGUUGCAACCGGGAUGUCCAUCUGCUUGUUCUUAACAUACUGUUUUGUCUUAUACAGCCAUAUCAGAGCAGUCGUGGUUCAAGAUAUCAUGUACCCUGGGCGAGACGAGGAUGUUAACGAUCAUUAA